AUGACGUCCCAAGAAUAUGAACCUAUUCAAUGGAGCGAUGAAUCCCAAACAAAUAAUGAUAGUGUCAACGAUGCGUAUGCCGACGUGAAUACCACUCAUGAGUCGCGUCGAAGAACAACUUUGCAGCCAAACUCAACAUCCCAGAGCAUGAUCGGAACAUUGAGAAAAUAUGCUAGGUUCAUCGGUCCUGGUUUGAUGGUAUCUGUAUCGUACAUGGAUCCUGGUAACUAUAGUACAGCUGUAGCAGCGGGUUCUGCUCAUCGGUACAAGCUUUUAUUUUCUGUCUUAGUUUCUAAUUUCAUGGCUGCUUUUUGGCAGUACCUCUGCGCCAGAUUGGGUGCUGUCACUGGCCUAGAUCUGGCACAAAAUUGUAAGAAACAUUUGCCCUUUGGACUUAACAUUACUCUUUAUAUUCUGGCGGAGAUGGCAAUUAUUGCCACAGAUCUGGCAGAAGUGGUAGGAACCGCUAUUUCUUUGAAUAUCCUUUUCCAUAUACCUCUCGCCCUAGGUGUGAUACUUACUGUGGUAGACGUUUUAAUUGUUCUGCUAGCUUACAAACCUAACGGUUCCAUGAAGGGUAUCAGAAUAUUUGAAGCUUUUGUUUCUUUAUUGGUGGUUCUUACCGUAGUUUGCUUUACUGUUGAACUGUUUUAUGCCAAACUGGGACCUGCCAAAGAAAUAUUUUCUGGGUUCUUACCCAGUAAAGCCGUUUUUGAAGGUGAUGGGUUAUACUUAAGUCUGGCAAUUCUGGGCGCCACGGUAAUGCCUCAUUCAUUAUAUUUGGGGUCAGGUGUGGUUCAACCAAGAUUAAGAGAGUAUGAUAUCAAAAACGGACAUUACUUGCCAGACGCGAAUGAUAUGGAUAACAAUCACGAUAAUUACAGGCCAUCCUAUGAGGCCAUCAGUGAAACUCUGCACUUUACUAUAACGGAAUUACUGAUCUCGCUGUUCACGGUGGCAUUAUUUGUCAAUUGUGCCAUUCUUAUCGUGUCUGGCGCUACACUAUACGGGUCCACUCAAAAUGCUGAGGAAGCUGACUUAUUUUCUAUUUACAACUUACUCUGUAGUACUCUUUCCAAGGGAGCGGGAACGGUAUUCGUGCUGGCAUUGUUGUUUUCAGGACAGAGUGCCGGUAUCGUGUGUACGUUGAGUGGACAAAUGGUUAGUGAAGGGUUCUUAAAUUGGACUGUUUCUCCGGCAUUGAGAAGAUCCGCCACAAGAGCGGUAGCCAUCACGCCUUGUUUGAUUUUAGUGCUUGUAGCUGGACGUAGCGGCCUCUCUGGUGCACUAAAUGCUUCCCAAGUGGUACUUUCUCUCUUGCUGCCUUUUGUUUCUGCACCUUUACUUUACUUCACUUCAAGCAAGAAGAUUAUGCGUGUACAGCUUAACCGUACCAAAGAACUUUCAAGAACUACAGACAAAAAACCCGUGGCCGACCGAACCGAAGAUGAUGAGACCAUUGAGCUCGAAGAAAUGGGCAUAGGCAGCAGCUCACAGGAGCGCAGCUUAGUUUCUCCUGCUCCAGAAUACAAAGACAUGAGCAAUGGAAUGAUCGUCACCGUGCUCGCAAUCAUAGUAUGGUUGAUUAUCUCCGGACUGAACUUUUAUAUGUUACUGGGCUUUACUACGGGCAAAGAAGUACACCUCUAA